AUGACUGCUCAAUCUCUUAUUCUCUCAUCAUUUCUCAUUUCAUUUCUCUUCCAAAUUCAAUUCAAUUCCGCCACCAAUAAUGAUAAUACUACCACCUCCUCCUUCAUGGUAGCCAAACCCGGCUGCCAAACCACCUGCGGCAACCUCACCGUCCCUUACCCAUUCGGCAUAGGCCUAGAUUCCGGCUGUUCAAUAAGUCCCUGGUUCGAAGUUAACUGCAACGAAACAUUCUCACCUCCCAAACCCUUCAUCCGCGAUGGUAACAUCGAAAUCCUCUCCAUUUCAAAAACCCACAUGCGGAUUUCAAACAUAGUCGCCUCCAAAUGCUAUAACCAACUCGGUAACCAAACUCAGGCUAAAUCGGCCUGGAUUCGCUUAUCCGACGCGCCCUUCACCUUCUCCGAUACACUUAACAAAUACACAGUCAUCGGCUGCGACGAUUUGGCCUUGAUUUUGGGAUCCCUCGGCCGGAAUUUCACUAGCGGAUGCAUUGCUCUAUGUUCGAAAGCCGAAGAUGUAAUUGAUGGGGAGUGUACGGGAAUUGGGUGCUGUCAGACUUCGAUUCCAAAAGGGCUUAAGAGUUAUUUAGCGUCACUUAAUUCAUUAUCGAAUCAUUCGAAAGUCUGGUCGUUUGAUCCGUGUAGCUAUGCAUUCUUGGGGGAAGCAAGUAGAUUUACGUUUAGGGGACCGUCAGAUUUCUUGAAUCCGGAUGAUUUUAUUAACAGGACGAUUGAAACUGUGCCUGUGGUUUUGGAUUGGGUUAUUGGAAAUCUGACUUGUGAACAAGCUGUUAAAGAUAGUAAUGGGUUUGCUUGUCUGAAGAAUAGUUUUUGUAUUGAUUCUGAUAGCGGCGCCGGAGGUUAUCAGUGUGAUUGUAAUGAUGGUUUUGAUGGGAAUCCAUAUCUUAGCCCUGGAUGCCAAGAUAUUAAUGAGUGCGCCGGCGGGAGUAAUCCCUGCGACGAUAAUGCGGUUUGUAUAAACAAACCGGGAAACUUUAGCUGCAUUUGUAAGAAAGGAUAUUCCGGCGACGGCAAAAGGGUCGGCCGUGGUUGCGUUGCCCAUAAUUCACAGUUUCCGGUUUUGGGUUUCUCUCUUGGCUUGAGCUUCGGUUUCCUAUCCCUACUACUUGGGGUGACUUUUGUCUACUUUAGUCUCAAGAAAAGAACACUUAUGAAGCUAAGGGAAAAGUUUUUCCAUCAAAAUGGAGGAUUUCUACUAAGGCAACAAAUUUCCUCGGUAGAAGGAACCAUCGAAUCGGCCAAAAUCUUCACUGCAGAAGAGCUCCAAAAGGCCACUAACAACUACGCGAAUGAUCGGAUUCUCGGUCGUGGUGGUUAUGGCACAGUGUACAAGGGAAUCAUGCCUGAUCAUCGAGUAGUGGCAAUAAAAAAGUCAAGGAUAAUGGAUACGAGCCAAAUAGAGCAAUUCAUCAACGAGUUUGUGAUUCUUACUCAGGUUAAUCAUCGUAACGUGGUCAAAUUAUUAGGUUGUUGUUUGGAAACCGAAGUUCCUUUGUUAGUUUAUGAAGUUGUCUCGAAUGGAACUCUCUUCCAACACAUCCAUAAAUCUAUGUCGUGGUUAUCAUGGGACAACCGUCUUAGAAUCGCAUCGGAAACUGCUGGCGCUCUAUCUUACUUGCACUCGGCUGCUAACAUGCCUAUCAUUCAUAGAGAUGUCAAGUCCGCAAACAUAUUGUUAGACGAUAACUAUGUAGCCAAGAUAUCUGAUUUUGGAGCCUCGAGGCUAAUUGCACUAGACCAAAUUCAAGUCACCACCUUGGUACAAGGGACUCUAGGAUACCUUGACCCCGAGUACUUUCACACAAGUCAACUAACUGAGAAGAGCGAUGUUUACAGUUUUGGAGUGGUAUUGGCAGAGCUUCUCACAGGGGAGAAGCCAUUAUCUGCUGAUAGACCACAAGAGGAGAGAAGUCUCGCGUCACUUUUCCUCUUAGCAAUGAAAGAUAAUAGAUUGUUUCAAGUCUUGGAGCCUCGGGUUGUGCGAGAAGGGACACUAGAACAACUCCAACUUGUUGCGAGGCUUGUGAAGAGGUGUCUUAGCUUGAAUGGGGAGGAUAGGCCGACCAUGAAAGAAGUGGCGAUGGAACUCGAAGGAUUGAAGAGGUAUACAAAGCACCCUUGGGUUCAAACGCCAAACCAAGAAGAGAGUGUGGGAUUGAUGGGGGUCGAGUCAUCGGAUUUGUACACUGUGGAGAUGAGUUCUUAUUUGAGCAACGAAGGGAGUUCUCAACCUUUAAAUAGUAACAUAGUUCUCGGUUACAUGGACAUGGACCUUGCAAUACGGACAGAGCAACCCACUACUCCUACGAUUAUUAGCUCUCUUGAAGAGAAUGCUAAAUUUGAGAAAUGGGAACGCUCUAACCGCAUGAGUCUUAUGAUCAUAAAGCGUGCAAUUCUGGAGGUGUUCAGGGGUGUUGUGUCUGAAGACACCACCAAUGCUAAAGAUUACCUUGCAUAA